CUGUUUGCUAUCAUGGGCAAGGUCGUAGGACUAGUUCUCAGCGUCGUUAUCUGUCUCGCCAUCCAAUUGGCGGCAGCAAAGGAGAAACACAUCAAGUACACCGAGAAAGAUCUGCUGCGAAAGUCGAUCGUGUACGACAAAAACACACCCGAUGUAUUCUACUGUCCCGUCAACAAACCUACCGGAAUGGAUAAGAUGAUUGUGAGGUCUCGUCCACUACAUAAACUCUGCGAGCACGAGGGUAAACCUCUACCAGCGCACUACAAAUCUGACUGCUACAAUGACGUCGAUGAGUCUAACUAUGCCUGCAAGGAGAAGUACAGAAUAAUGAUGCGCCUCAAACCUCCUGGUAGCGAGGAUCCGUACAAUGGCCAGCGCUUGAGCAGGUUUAUGGAAAUGGAUGACGAUAUGAAACGAAUCAAGUCAAGGAAACAUUGA